AGUGGAGACCAUGUCCGACCUGGAAGAGGUGGCGGAAGAGUACGAGGAGGAGCAGGAAGAGCAGGAAGAGGAGGCCGCAGAGGAGGCAGGAGGUGAGGCUGCGACGGAGGAGACCAACGCGGAAGGAGAUGGCCAGGAAGGCGAGGCUAAAGAGGCCGAAGAUGGCCCGGUGGAGGAGUCCAAACCAAAGCCCAGGCCAUUCAUGCCCAACCUGGUGCCACCCAAGAUCCCAGAUGGAGAGAGAGUAGACUUUGACGACAUCCACCGGAAGCGCAUGGAGAAGGACCUGAACGAACUGCAGACGCUGAUCGAGGCUCACUUUGAGAACAGGAAGAAAGAGGAGGAGGAGCUGAUUUCACUCAAAGACAGGAUUGAGAAGCGGCGGGCCGAGCGGGCCGAGCAGCAGCGCAUCCGGAACGAGCGGGAGAAGGAGCGUCAGACUCGCCUGGCUGAGGAGAGAGCCCGACGAGAGGAGGAGGAGAACAGGAGGAAGGCCGAGGACGAGGCCCGGAAGAAGAAGGCGUUGUCCAACAUGAUGCACUUUGGGGGCUACAUCCAGAAGGCCCAGACCGAGCGGAAAAGUGGGAAGAGGCAGACGGAGCGGGAAAAGAAGAAGAAGAUUCUGGCUGAGAGGAGGAAGGUGCUGGCCAUCGACCACCUGAACGAGGACCAGCUGAGGGAGAAGGCCAAGGAACUGUGGCAGAGCAUCUACAACCUGGAGGCCGAGAAGUUCGACCUGCAGGAGAAGUUCAAGCAGCAGAAAUACGAAAUCAAUGUUCUCCGGAACAGAAUCAAUGAUAACCAGAAAGUCUCCAAGACCCGCGGGAAGGCCAAGGUCACCGGGCGCUGGAAGUAGGGGCAGCAGUCGCCUUGACCAAAGAUCCUCGCCGGCGCCCCGUCCCGCUCGCCCCCAGUCCCUGGGGCCCCCCGGGUGCUGGAGGCAGGCUGGUGUCUGGAAACCAGGAGCUGGCCCGGCCAGAAGCUGCUGUGCACCUGUCCCCCCACGUGCCCACGCAUGCACCCCACGUGCCCACGCAUGCACCCCACGUGCCACGCAUGCCCAUAAUAAAAGCCAACACACACUGCGUGCCUUUUCUGUCAGC